AUGGGUAAUGAAAACUCAUUGCCAAUGGAGCUUUGCUCCAAUUUUGAUGCUGAUGAAAUCAAAAGAUUGGGCAAAAGGUUCCGAAAAUUGGAUUUAGACAAUUCUGGUUCACUCAGUAUUGAUGAAUUCAUGUCCCUUCCUGAACUACAACAGAAUCCAUUAGUCCAGCGGGUCAUUGAUAUAUUUGAUACAGAUGGUAAUGGUGAAGUAGACUUUAAAGAAUUUAUUGAAGGCGUUUCUCAGUUUAGUGUUAAAGGAGAUAAAGAGUCCAAAUUGAGAUUUGCCUUCAAAAUCUAUGACAUGGAUAAGGAUGGAUAUAUUUCUAAUGGAGAGCUCUUUCAAGUCUUGAAGAUGAUGGUUGGCAGUAAUUUGAAAGACACACAGCUUCAACAAAUUGUGGAUAAAACAAUAAUUCAUGCGGAUGCUGACGGUGAUGGCAAAAUAUCUUUUGAAGAAUUUUGUGCUGUCGUGGGUACAAUGGAUGUGCACAAGAAGAUGGUGGUAGAUGUAUAUCUUGAACUGGCCAGUAAAAGAAAAACAAGAAUGUCUUCUUCCCUUCUCUUGCUCUCUAAUCUCAUCCAGUCUUUUCUUUUAUUCCUUUUAUUCUCCUCUCUCUUUCCCAUCAACAUUUUAUCUUUUUUCUUCUCUUAA